AAGAGUAAACAUCUCUUCAGUUUACAUUUCUACAAGGAAUCUAAAAAAAGAAAACAACACACACAAACAACAUGUCCAACAUGGAAUACGCAACAAAAACUGAAAUCUACCAAAAAAUCAAGAAACCUUUAUUGGAACGUCAGCGACGUGCUCGCAUCAACAAGUGCCUGGAUGGCCUUAAGCAAUUAAUGGUCGAUUUGAAUGGCAAUAGAAAAAUUUUACGCAUGGAUAAGGCUGAGAUGUUGGAAACCACCAUUGUCUACCUUAGACAACAUGUCAAACAACAAAAACAGCAAACCCCACAAAUUCCCAUGGAUUCAUUCCGCAACGGUUACAUGAAUGCUGUUAAUGAGGUGUCACGUGUUUUGGCUUCUACUCCUGGCAUGACUGUUGAAAUGGGCAAAUCUGUUAUGACACAUUUGGGUCGUUCUUACAAUAGAUUACAGCAAGAACAUGAACAAAGAGAGCUGCAGCAACAACAACACCAAAUGCAACCCUUGACUAUUGACUGUCCUUUGAGUCCCGCUUCCUCUGGUUAUCACAGUGAUGAUAAUGAUUCACCAGCAGUAUCCCCAGCAAUUUCUCCUAAACCUGUCUGGAGACCUUGGUAAAUAAUCAAGAACCAAACAAAAAACUGCUUAAGAAUAUUUCAAACCGAAAAUUCUACUCAACUACUGUGAUCUUCUUCAUCAAGAAAUAAUAAACAAAACCCUCAACUGUGAUAAUCGCCAACUGUGAUACAAACAAAACAAAAAAAAACCCUAGAAUUAAAUAACCAAAACGUACAAAAUAUAAAAAUAUUACAAAACAAAUAAAUAAUUAUAUUACAAAAACAAA